AUAACAUUGGUUCGGCGUAAGGAUGACGCAGUUCUGUGAUCGGGGGAGGAGGGAGGGGAGCUGAGCAGCAGUGUAGGAAAAGAGGAGGAAGCAGCUAGGAUGGCGGAGUCACACCUCUGAAGUGUUUUUCGGAGGGAUUAAGCAAUCGUCGGUGCGUCCUGCAACCUGAAGCAACUUCAAACUAAGGAACCUGGGAUUGUGUGUGGUUUAAAGACUCAAGCAUGUGUCCCGUGGAUGCCGCAGGUCACUUGCUUUGCAGGAUAAUUUCUCCCAUUCCACUUUAGCAAAGGAGCAUCUAAAAGACAGAAAAAAAUAAAAUAAAAUAAAACUUUGGGUCUGGAGGCCGUUAUUCCGAGGGUAAUUAUAAAUGUGUCGGGCUGCCUGGGGAUGUUUAUUUCGAGAGCUACCUUGACUGUGUGCGUUCCUUUGUUUCUUAAUAAGUAACCUAGCAAGAGAGAGAGUCCCAUGCACAUCUCUGCUGGGGUGCUGAUAGCGUCAACAUGAGUAGUACUUUAGGCAAAGACAAAGAUUCAAAAGAAAAGGACCCCAAAAGCGGUCCGGUGGGUAAAGAAAGGGAAAAAGAGGCCAAGACUUUAUCCAGCUUAGUCAAAGAUGGUGGCAAAGAAACAAAGACCAAAGGGAAAGAUGCCAAAGAAGGAAAGAAGGACACGAGCAGCUCGACGCCGGGUGUUGCCUUCUCCGUUGACAAUACGAUAAAGCGGCCAAACCCAGCACCAGGUACACGCAAGAAAUCCAGCAAUGCGGAGGUCAUCAAGGAGCUCAAUAAAUGUCGGGAGGAGAACUCUACGAGGCUGGACCUGUCCAAGCGGUCCAUUCACAUGCUGCCCACCGCUAUUAAGGAGUUGACUCAGUUGACAGAACUCUAUUUAUACAGCAACAAGCUGCAGAGCCUACCGGCGGAGCUGGGCUGUCUGUCGGAGCUGGUCACUCUAGCCCUCAGCGAGAACUCCCUGACCAGUCUGCCCGACUCCCUGGACUCGCUGAAGAUGCUCCGGAUGCUCGACCUCCGGCACAACAAACUCCGAGAGAUACCGCCCGUCGUCUACCGGCUGACGUCUCUGACCACGCUGUACCUGCGCUUCAACCGCAUCACCACGGUGGAGAAGGACAUCCGCAACCUGUCCAAGCUCACCAUGCUGAGCAUCCGGGAGAACAAGAUUAAACAGCUACCAGCAGAAAUAGGGGAGCUCUGCAACCUCAUUACUCUGGAUGUUGCCCAUAAUCAGUUGGAACAUCUACCAAAGGAGAUUGGAAAUUGCACACAAAUAACCAACCUUGACCUGCAGCACAACGAGCUCUUGGACCUCCCAGAGACUAUAGGCAAUUUGGCAAGCAUAAAUCGUUUAGGACUGCGAUAUAACCGAUUAUCAGCAAUCCCUAAGUCGUUAGCCAAAUGUCGAGAGCUGGAGGAGCUUAACCUCGAAAACAACAACAUUUCAGUAUUGCCAGAGGGCCUGCUGUCGAGUUUGCUAAAUUUGACGAGUCUCACACUUGCGAGGAACUGCUUCCAGUCGUACCCUGUGGGCGGACCCUCCCAGUUCUCCACCAUCUACACCCUGAACAUGGAGCACAACCGUAUCAACAAGAUCCCAUUCGGUAUCUUCUCCAGGGCCAAAGUGUUGAGCAAGCUUAACAUGAAGGAUAACCAGCUAACGGCGCUGCCGUUGGAUUUCGGUACAUGGACUAGCAUGGUUGAACUUAACCUGGCCACUAAUCAGCUGAAUAAAAUCCCAGAAGACAUCUGUGGGCUUAUGUCUCUAGAGGUAUUAAUACUUUCCAAUAAUCUUCUGAAGAAGCUACCACACGGUAUUGGAAGUUUGAGAAAGUUACGAGAACUUGACUUGGAGGAAAACAAGCUAGAGUGUCUACCACAUGAAAUCGCUUACCUUAAAGAUUUACAGAAAUUGGUGUUGACUAAUAAUCAGCUGACUACGUUACCAAGAGGCAUCGGUCACCUCACCAACCUGACUCACCUUGGUUUGGGAGAGAACCUGCUGCAACACCUUCCUGAGGAGAUUGGCACACUGGAGAAUCUGGAGGAACUGUACCUCAACGACAACCCCCACCUGCACAGCCUCCCAUUUGAGCUGGCCCUCUGCAGCAAGCUGUCCAUCAUGAGCAUCGAGAACUGUCCCCUCACCCACCUGCCGGCCCAGAUCGUUGCGGGAGGCCCUUCUUUCAUCAUUCAGUUCCUAAAGAUGCAGGGACCAUACCGUGCCAUGGUCUGAGCCAAGAGCAGCUCCAAAACCCUUCGGCUUUUCUCUGCACCCUUUCCCCUGCCUGCCCUCCCAUUAUGUGUAUCAUACACUGUAAAGAAAAACAAACUCGCUACAAUCAGUGUUGGGGGCGAGGGAGGGGAGUGAGGGGCGCACAUUAACAACGGGGGGAGGGACGCGCUCAAGCAUCGCAUUUUGUUCUCAGUCCUCUGGCAGAAAUGGAAGCGAAACUUUUGGAGACUUUUGUGUUCCUCCGGUGUCGGUCCCGGUCAGUUACGACCCCCACCUGUUCCCCUCAGCCACCAAAAACCCACUCAACUUUUCAUUCCGAAUCAUGAAGCGAGAAAAUGCCCCCCUCUCCUCAACAUGUUUUGCCAAAACUGAAGGUAUAUAAAGUUUAAUAUAUCGAGUGACUGUGAGCUCUGAGGCAAGUCCUUCAGCUUUUUAAACUGUAAUCCCCAUUGCCAAUGUAUUUACAGUAAUUACAGCAUCUAAUAUGUGAGCAAGGAUACAAUUGUAUGCAAAAACACAAAAAGCAAGUCUUUGGAACUUCUCAUUUACUGCUGCUGCUGCUGUGAUUUUAAACUCUGUCAUCUUACACUUUUGCUUUUUUUUUUUUUUUUACAUAAUCUUUCCUGGUCAUAACUUAUGUUAACUGUUUCUUGACCCAAAAGAACAAAGGUCUAAUGUUUUUUUUUCUGUUUGUUUUAAAAACUGUGCCUAUGUUUAGAGUGAUCCGGUGGUUCAUUUCUAAACACGAUUCUCCAUGACAUACAAAGACAUAAAUUAUUUCAAUAGUGUUUUUAUUACUACUGUUUUUAUUAUUUUUUUCUUUCUUUAUGGGUUAUUGUUUUUUUUUUUAAGUGUACCUGUUGCAUCAUUCUGUCAUGCAAACGAUAUCAGUUGUAAAAUAUGAAGAUCGUUUUUAACAAAUAGCAGCAGUAGGUGUUCAGGAUUGAGCUAGUCUUUGUAAACAUAUGAUAAAUGCCAAUUCUACAUGUCUGCAGAGAGGGUGGGGCCAUGGGGGGCAUCUUGGGACUUUUCGUUGCCCCCCCACCCCAAUGAGGAGCUUGGGAGGCGGCUCCUGCUAGGUAUUGGGAGGGAGGAUGGGGUUGAGGGGUCAUGAAAUAUAAAUAGGUGUUGGGGAUAAAUAAUAGAUGUUUUAUACAUUUAUACAAUUUCUGGUUGUUGCCUUGGGUGAAAUUUUUAGUUUAUGUUUACUUGUUUGAUAUCUCCAGUGUUGAACUUAAUGGCCGUCAUCCAGUUGAUCAUCGACCAACAUAUCAAGCGUUAUUACAAACACAUUUUCUGAGUUUCUGGAGCAACUUGGCGAGUGUCUGAGCUUCACAACGAUUUGAUAAUAAAACAUUGACAGG